AUGCCAUUCCCCUUCUCACACAUAACUGAUAUCCUCGAAAAGCUCGAAGAUAUCGAGUCUCGGGAUCCGCCCUAUCUACCAGCGGAUAAAGCAGUCCAGCUGAGGGUAGAAACUACUAAUUGGUUCAAAGCGCACAGACGCGCCAUCAACGAGCUUGAAGUUGGUGGCUCGGUGGCGUUCCUAUCUGCAUUACUGCCCGAACGGAGAACUGACCGAGUCUAUGGUCUUCAAGCGACGAGGUUGUGUCGCUUGCUUAGCCGCGGUCUCGGCCUGAGUGCUGCACGCGCCAAAGACUUGCAGGCGUACAGAGCACCGCGGCGAGGCGACCUUGCGGUAUGCCUUCAACGAGCCAUGCAGGCUGGGGGCCCGCCUGCAAAGCCCUCCGUCACUUUGGAAGAAGUGGACGCAAUGCUAUUCCAGGUCGCGGAGCAGUGUCACUUCUCCGCUCCGACUGUACGGUCUAAGCUCUCCGGUUCGUCCGAAGUGAAUGAGAGACUAGUAUGCGACAUAGUGAAGAGACUCUCACCGCAAGAAGGCAAGUGGCUCGUGCGUCUCCUCUUGAAAGACUUCGCGCCAGUAAGGGUGGACGAGCAUCUCGUUUUGAAAUCCUUCCAUUUCCUGCUCCCGGAUUUAUUACGCUUCCAAAACGACUUCGGCGUUGCGAUGACACUGCUCAAGGAAGAUGCACUUCUACGACAACUCCCUGAGCAACCUGAUCCGCGAUCCGAGCUUCUGUUCAAGCAGCAAGCAGCAAGCUCGCUCAGGCCUGUUGUUGGCGUUAAAGUUGGCAGGCCAGAUUUCACCAAGGCGAGGAGCAUAGAGCACUGCUUACGGAUGUUCAAUCGAGGCAGAGGGAUAGUGGAGCGGAAGUACGAUGGCGAAUACUGCGAGAUCCACGUUGACCUGUCCAAGUCUUCGACACCGGCGGAGUGUAUUCAGAUCUUCUCAAAGAGCGGCAAAGAUUCGACCACUGACCGUCAGGGACUGCAUCACACGCUCGUUGAAUGCUUGAAUCUUGCACAAGCUGACCGCAAGGUCAAGCGACAAGCCAUCCUUCUAGGGGAGCUGGUAGUGUUCUCGGACGAGACCAAACAGGUGUUGUCCUUCGACGAAGUUCGGAAACAUAUCACUCGGUCAGGCGUCUCCCUCGGCACCAGCCGGGACUUGCAAGCGCGUGCUUGUGAGCACCUGGCUGUCGUGUUCUUCGAUCUCCUACUGUGGGACGACGAGGUAAUCAUGCGCAAGCCAGUCGAGGAGCGGAGGCAGUGGCUGCGUGAGAUCUACCGCAAGAUACCCGGCCGCGCGAUGGGCGCCGAGUGGAAGAUCGUAGACUUUGCUGAAAGUCAGGCUAAGAGCCUUCUAUUACAGCAAUUCUGUGCUUCGAACGCGCAACGUUGCGAGGGUCUAGUCCUGAAGCCUUGUGGUGUACCUUACUUCCGACUUGGCGCUCAGUCCACUGACUCCUGGCUUGGAUACAUCAAGCUCAAGAAGGACUACAUUGCAGGUAUGGGCGACGAAGCUGAUUUUGCGGUUGUUGGUGCGAGUCACAACGCUCAGCGGGCGCUGAAGAGCGGUGUAGCUGGCAUCAAGUGGACCGAUUACCAUCUUGGCUGCCUUCUCAAUGCUGACGAGGUGCAGCGGUAUGAUGCGACGCCGGUUUUCCAGAUCGUACACACCAUGCAGCCAGAAGGAUGCAUUCCCAAGCCGGUACUUGAAUCUUUGAACACUAUAGGGAAGUCAGUAGAGCUCCAGUAUCGACUUCAAGACAGCGACAUGCCACUCCAAGUGCGCAACUCCACUGCCGUCGGUAUUGAUGUCGUCUUCGCCAGGCCAAUGGUGCUCGAAGUCUUAGGAUCGGGCUUUAGCAAGCCAUCCGAUUCCGAUUUUUACAUGCUCCGCCAUGCACGCGCUACGAAGCUGCAUGAAGACCGCACUUGGAAAGAUUGCGUGUCAUUCAACGCAUUGCAGGAGCAGGCGCACCAUGCGCGAGAUGCGCCAGCCGAGGGUGAGCUGCAAGAAACGCGGAAAUGGCUCGCCAAGAUGGAG